AAGAGCCUCAGCUCUUCAGAGCAGCAGCAGCCGCUGGAGGAGUUGGGCGGCUGUUUCUCCCUCUCCGCCCGGAGGAGGAGGAAGAGGAGGAAGAAGAGGCUUCGGCUGCCGCCUCUCCGAUCCCCCCCCCCUCCCCUUCCCCUUCCGCCCCACACCUUUAUGGACGAGCGCCGGAGCUUGCUCUACUCUCCGGCUGCCUCCUCCGCCAGCCGGCAUCCGAGGGGCGGCUCGACCAGCAGCCACCACAACCUGGGCUACACGGAGCAGCUGCCCCCCGCCACCCCCCAGCCGGUACCCGACCAAGAAGAAGAAGAGGGUGAAGAAGGGGAGGAAGGCAGCAUGACCGUGGUGGGAGGCGGCGGCGGCGGAGACCCUUUGCUGGAAGAACCGCAGCAUCCUCAUCCUUUGCUCGGGGGGGACCGCUACGAUCACGCCUCGACUCCGGCCGCCGUCCCUGCCGGCCAGCCUGCGGGUGGUGGGGAGCAUGAGUGCUGUGAGCGGGUGGUGAUCAACAUCUCGGGGUUGCGGUUCGAGACCCAGCUGAAGACGCUGGCACAGUUCCCCGAGACGCUGCUGGGGGACCCACGUAAGAGGAUGCGCUACUUCGACCCCCUCCGCAACGAGUAUUUUUUCGACCGUAACCGGCCCAGCUUCGACGCCAUCCUCUACUACUACCAGUCGGGUGGGCGCAUCCGACGACCCGUCAAUGUCCCCAUCGAUAUCUUCUCCGAGGAGAUCCGCUUCUACCAGCUAGGGGAGGAGGCCAUGGAGAAGUUUCGGGAGGACGAGGGUUUCAUUCGGGAGGAGCAGCGGCCACUUCCCGACAAGGAGUUCCAGCGCCAAGUGUGGCUCCUCUUCGAGUACCCCGAGAGCUCUGGGCCGGCCCGAGGCAUUGCCAUCGUCUCUGUCCUGGUCAUCCUUAUCUCUAUCGUCAUCUUCUGUCUGGAGACCCUGCCUGAAUUCAGGGAUGACCACGACUAUGAGGGAACUGGGGGGACCUUCGGGACAAGCGGUGGCCCUCUCCCACCUGAUGUCUUCACCAACUCCUCGUCCGUGGCUGCUUCCAUGGUGUCGUCCUUCACUGACCCUUUCUUUGUGGUGGAGACUUUGUGCAUCAUCUGGUUCUCCUUUGAGCUGCUGGUCCGCUUCUUUGCCUGCCCCAGCAAGGCCACCUUCUCCAAGAACAUCAUGAACAUCAUUGACAUUGUGGCCAUCAUUCCUUACUUCAUCACACUGGGCACCGAGCUGGCUGAGAGGCAAGGCAAUGGCCAGCAAGCCAUGUCCUUAGCCAUCCUCAGAGUCAUCCGGCUGGUCAGGGUCUUCCGUAUCUUCAAGCUCUCCCGGCACUCCAAGGGGCUGCAGAUCCUGGGGCAGACCCUCAAGGCCAGCAUGCGGGAGCUGGGCUUGCUCAUCUUCUUCCUCUUCAUCGGCGUCAUCCUCUUCUCCAGUGCCGUCUACUUUGCAGAAGCCGAUGACCCCAGUUCAGGUUUCAGUAGCAUCCCCGAUGCCUUCUGGUGGGCAGUGGUGACCAUGACCACAGUGGGCUAUGGAGACAUGCACCCCAUCACCAUUGGGGGCAAGAUUGUGGGGUCUCUCUGUGCCAUCGCAGGGGUGCUAACCAUCGCUCUCCCCGUGCCUGUGAUAGUCUCCAAUUUCAACUACUUCUACCACCGGGAGACAGAGGGUGAGGAGCAAGCCCAAUACAUGCAUGUCGGGAGCUGCCAGCACCUCUCGUCCAGCGAGGAGAUGAGGAAGGCUCGCAGCAAUUCUACCCUCAGCAAGUCUGAGUACAUGGUGAUCGAGGAAGGGGGAAUCAACCACAGUGCAUUCAAACAGGCUGCCUUUAAGACAGGCAACUGCACAACCACAAACAAUCCCAACUGUGUGAACAUCAAAAAGGUCUUUACGGAUGUUUAAAAAAACAAAACCAAACAAACAGCAACAAAAUCUGAGGAUGCGGUAAAAAAAAAAAUAGUAACAAUAAUAAUGCAAAGUGACUGUGUACUCGGUAUUGUGUGGAACAUGCACCAUCGUCGGUCUGUGUGUGCCCUCGUUUUUAUACGUUUAUUUUUUUAGAUCCUUCCUUUCUAAAGAUCCAAAAAAAGGAUUUAAAAUUCUCCGAAGAAGAGGACGGCUAAAAGGUAAAGAGAAGGAAGAUGAAGACAAAACACACUCACCGUCAAAACAGGUGUUUGUUCUGCAACAUGUUGCAGGGCUGCUUUUGUUUUCUUGGCUUUGGGGACCUCUCGCUUUGCUCCUGAAUUUCCCCCUCUUUCCUAAAGGCAGUGUGUAGCCGAUUUCCCUUCCAUCACAUAAGCUCACUUGUUGGAUUAACAGCCCUGGGUUGGGUGGGGAAACGAGGAAAACAUGUUGCAGAGAGAACUGGAAGGGGGUUGGGAGGAAACAAGCAUUUAAUUUUGCAGAGAGUCUCUGUUACCACACUGUUAAAUGACGCUUAAUAUUGAAACAUGUGGUGUGCCAUUACAGGCACAUCACAGAUUCCCUUUUCUCCCCCAUUAGAUCAUUUAUGGAGUUCUAAUCUGGUCAGAGACCACGUGCAAUCAGUGCUGAUUUAAAUAGAAAAAAAAAGAAAAAGCCCUUUUUCCCAUUGUUAAUUCCCUUCCCCUGUAACCCUACGGCAUUAUUUCAUCCAACGUCAAAUUUGUGGCCGUGCAGUGGGUCUGUGUGCGGGGAGAAGGGAGGCGAAAGGCAAAAUGGAACGGUUUCAGGAGCCGACGGUGCGCAGGGAGCGAUGCCGGCGUGGACCGGGGGAUGCAGGAUCCGUGACGGGCUCCUCGCCGUGGCUGUGCAGCCUCAAACCCACCCAGCUGGAGACAAAGGGAUAUUUCCUCCUUUUUUUGCAAUGCGUUUGGGAGAGAUGCAGCCGCUUAUCGCAAGAAGAUUAAAGUGGCGAACACGCCUUCCAGCGGAAGUCACUAAUUCGGACCGGAGUGAUGCAGUUGCCAUGACGACCCUGGUUUCCUGGGAAACCCCCAAAGGUUGUCAUGGCAUCCCUUCUCCCAUCCCCCUCGGUCCUCGCUCUUCUCGCAAAAAACCUUUCCAGAUGGUUCCAGCCCCAUCAUCCCGCAGGACACCGCAGCUCUGCCCCGCUACGUGACCCCAUCCUGGCACCCCCUUCCCGGGCCACGUCCCCACCACGGCUUCCCCGGUGCCGAAUAAAGCACCCGUAGGCAAUAAGUACACCGCAAAUCCACCUCUGCCUCGCAGAGGAGCUCACACCUUGGCAGUGAAAUUUGGGGAUGGAGUCUCAUCCUGCAAACAUGAGCGCCUGCUCCACCGAGAACGACCCUGUGCUCUCCCUGCGCUGUGCAAAACCCAGAGGUUUCCCCAAACCCGGUGUGAAAUGGCACUGAGCAGCCAGCGGGAAAGCUUGGCUGAGAAACCUUGGCAGCUUUUUGAAACAAGGGGGACAGAGCUAUAAAGAGCAGGAUUGAAAAGUAACCAAAACUCCGCCGGGGAAAAUACACUGGCUUCAUCUUUAUGUGUGCACCAGGGGCCACGGGACAUCUGAUGGGAUCAGAUAACAGAAGAAGUUUCAAAAUUAAGACCUUCAGGACUGUGUUGAGAAAUAAAACGCCUCCAAGGAAAUUGCAAACAUCACAGACACGAUGACUGAUGCUGCUGUGGACCCAACCGACAGAGGGUCUGUCCUCCCCAGUUAAACCCAUUUCAUAUUUCAUAUAUAUAUAUAUAUAUGAAAUAUUUGCCACGUUAUAUGUGUUUUCUAACAAGUGCACUACGUAGAAGGGAACAUCUUUGCAGCCGCAAGAUUAUCUUCAAAUCAUGUGCAAUAUAAUGAGACUGAACAAAGCCAGGAAAAAGGAGGAGGGGAGGUGGAAAUAAUUUGGACAUUAGUUCAGUCUUUUUUUUUUUAUUAAAAAAAAAAAUAAUCUCUUGUAAGAUUAAGCAACCAGGAAGGAAACGUUAACCAGAGCUGCUAAUAAGCGAUCCAAGUGUUUUGCUUGGGGUGGGAGGGAGAUGGGGGAAAUUCAGUUGCUCUCGCUGUUCCCUGUCGAAGGCCAGGGGCUGUUUUUGGCACUGGGACGUGAAUAAUUUCUGUUCCAUUUUUCUGACAUUCAUGUAAAUGCUCUUUAUAAGUAGGUAUGUGCUAUACCAAAGGCUGUGAUUUAUUUUAAGUCCUUAUUAAGAAAGUAACAUCUCCACCGAUGCUGAGGAAAAGGGUGUCAAACAAUCAACAAGUUGUGCCUUGCUUUCAGGAUCACUUCAUGAAAAACUAAGGAAAAAUCAAAUUUCCAGGGGUGGAAAAGGUAUAAAAACCCAAUCCUGACUGGGCAUGCCCCUGCUUCAUUUCACAAGAGCCCAUGCGACCUUCUCUGCUGUUCCAUGGUACUUCAGUCCUGAGGGAAUAUUAUAGUAUUGUCGUGCUAAUACUAUAAUAAACGGGAAGUUCCUCACUCCUUUGCCCAUUGCUGUUUCAUUUUGCAUGCUGAGGGUUUUUUUUUGUGGCAGUUUAAGAGCUGUGGGUUGCCUGCGCUUGCCUGUCAAGCUGUUAAAACUGGGGUUUCUGUAACCUCACUGCAUCUCCUAGGGCCGUAUGGGUAAAUAAUUAUCCUAGUGAUGGGAUAAAUGGUCUGCAAAGACAUAAAUGGUCUGCAAAGGCAUAAAUGCAAAUGGCAAAGGAGUUGAUGGCCUCUCCUGCUUCUGGGUCGCCCUCUCGCCCCAGCCUCAUCCACCUCCGCACGCUGCCUCCAUUCCAGCUUUAAGACUAAAACCCACCUGGCACAUACUCUGUCGGAGGACCAAGGUGAUACUCGCAGCAGCAUUGGAUUUCUGGGCAAAAAUAAUGUUGGUGGGACUCAGGUGAGCAUGGGAAUCUGCGUCUGCAUUGCAAUAAUUCACCAGGGACGGUUUGGGGAAUGUUAAUUUGGACUGGAUCAAAGUGAGCUGGAGCUUGCUCUGAAGCAGAGGAUGCUCAAGGGGAGGUAACAGGAGACAAAAUCGUUAGGCAUGUGAAGCAGACUCUUGAAUUCAUGCUGCUGAUUGCUUUGGGUCCAUGUCCAAGGACAAGCCUUGAGGUCACCACUGGGUACCUGGAAAGUGGAGCAAGGACCACUCUGCCUGGAGGGCAGCAUCAAAACCUGGAUCCUUCACCGAGUGGAGCUAUUUACCUGCAUCUGGGCAGGAGAUGGGGAACAUCCACAGAGGACACACGUGGGAUGCUUCAAGGCACAACCCAAGUGAGGAUGCACUUAAAAAUAAACACUCGACCUGGAAGAAAGGCUCUGAAAUGGAAAACUUGGGGGAAUAUUCAUGACAAAGCAACCAGCUGUCUGCACCACGUGUCUCUCCUUGCAGAAGAGGUUUGAAGAUGAACAAGACCCAAAAGGGUUUCUGAGCCAUCCUUCGGGGCUGGGAUUGCUCCAGACCUGUCUGCAGUUCAGCAGAAGAAGUUGUCCUCCUUUCUGGCUGUCUAAGCCCCGCAUGCAAACUUCAGCCGAAAUUAGUAUUGAGAAAUUCCCUUAACGGUGGGGAAAUGAUGUGGUUCUUAAAGGAAUGCAUUGACUUUGGUGAGGUCACAUUUAUUUUCUUUGAUUUUUAAACACGGAUAAUUACUUGGCUUGUAUUCCUCCUCCUGUCAUGGCGUAUGCAUUGUUGGUGAUGGUGACCUUGUCAUUGGGAGGAAGGCUUGGGGGUCCCAAAGACAGAAGUCUCUGGGGCUUAACAUAGGUGCAGGCUGGGGAGAAUGGGCUGAGAUGGCGAGAAAACAAACAAAAGUGAAAAAAACAGCAGUUUUAGUCAAAGCUGUGUUGCUCACCAUGGGGAAUGAAGAGCAAAUAUGGAUCUGGCCCUUACUGGGACAUUGCUCCUUGGGCUUGUUUGCACUUAUUCCCAGCAUGGUAGAAAUGCUGUGGCCAGUGGACCUGCGGAUAAAUGAAUUAGAAAGGGCUGGUGCACCUGGUUUUAUUGUGGCUUUUGCAGCAUGAGGUGCAGAGGGAGGUGUGUUGGGGACCAAAACUGCUGGAAAAGCCUGAGGAGCAGGUCCACGAGCCCAUGGAGAUGAGCUGGGGGUGCCAAGACUUGACAGAGGGAUGCCAGGGAAUCAUGGAGGUGAAGCACCCCGUGGUGUGAAAUCAAUCCAGUGUGAAAGCCAUCAGCACAAAUUAAAGCUAAUUGGAGCGGUGGCUCUCAUUAACUUUGGGUUUGGCUGUGUCCUGCCCUGAGGCCAGCCCAUGAGGGGUAGGGAGAGGGAGCUCUUCCAUGGGAUCCUCCAGCAAAUUGCUCUCCUGGCAAAUCCCCAGGGGUAUGGCAGUAACCGCGGUGCUGCCGCAGCCGGAGCGGUCUGAGGAUGGGCUUGCAGAGCUUUUUGCCUCGUGGCCAACUGUGUCUUAACGUGGCACAGCCAAAACCCACCUCCUAGGCAUCCAUCCCCUCUCACCUGCAGAGGGGAGCUGUGCCCCCCCCAGGCUGUCUCAUCCUGCAGCUCCCCAGCACCAAAAUUAAUUAAUGUUCAGACCAUAAAAAGUCUGAGACCUUAAAAAGACCACUUAAAAAAGACCGUAAAAAGUCCCCAGUGUUUGGGCAGUGAGGGCUGAGCCUGUUUCCAUCAGUGGGAACCCCAAAUAACUGAGCAGUUGUCUUUCCCAUUGCCAUGGAUGGAGCUGCUGACAGGCUGGGGGAGAUGGGGCUGGGCUUUUUGGGGAGGUCUCACCUUCAAAACCACUAAGGAGCUGCAAAAUAUUUUUGUUUGCAGUCUUCCCUGCAGCAUGAUGGGUUCGUAGCAUGCUCUUCGGGCUGCAAAGAAGAUUGAACAAAAGCUUAACAACUCUGAAAUCUCCAGGGACUGACCCAGAAAGCACUUUUCUACCAUGCUGAUAGUUUUGGGCUGCAAACAGCCAAAGCACCCACUGAAGGUCUGAUGCAGCAUCCACCCCCAGCCCUGCAGACCGCCCCAGGCUGCCAGCAGGGGUAACGGCACGUUAACAGAAGAAUUGAUUUUCUGGAUUGCAACACAGGCCUGGAUCUUGGGAAGCCCUGGUCCCAAAGGUGUUAAAUUUAGUUUCUUUUGGAACAUGAUCUAGUAGCCCUUAAAAUGGGGGAUAGAAUGUAUCAGUACUAAAGUUAUUUUUAUUUUUCAUGGUGUUACGGAGACCUUUUUUAUGGCAUGUGUGUAUGUAACAUAAUUGUACCUCGUCUGUUUUCACUCACCACUUUGUUAAAGCGUCUCUCUGUUACAGUUUGAAGUACAUAUUUUGACAAACAAAGUGAUGGGAAAAACCAGAUCCCUUCACCCAUUUGGGUUGGUGGGUCCCAGCGGUCCUGCUCCUGGCAGCAGAAAUGCCCCAUUCCCGGAGCAGAGCUCAGCCCAUGGCCACUGGCCACUCCACUCCUCCCAGCCAGCACCGAACCCACCCCACGGACAUCUCACACCGAUGACAAUCUUGCCAAAUUUCAACCUCUUCUCGAUAUUGUACAUACUGGCGUUGACGACGUUGCUCCAUGCUGUUGGGUUUCUUUUGCUUGGUCGCUGAGCCAGCUAAUUGUUAAUGUGCUUUUUCAAAAUAAUUGAGAGUUUGAUAGUCUUUAACUGUCAGUCCAGUAUAUUAAUCUGUGUUGCCACGACUCUGACUCUAGCCUUGUGCAUUUUAAAGAUAACCAUCAUAUCGGGACAGCCGUGUUGAAAUGUCAUUUCGAGCGAAGGGCUGGAUUUGGCGAGGGAAGAGAAAUUAAAAAUGUAUCCAGUCGAUUAAAAAAAACAAAAAAGGGAGCGAUUUAAUGAUGGCUGACAUCAAGAGAAGAUCCAAAAAAUAGCGUGCAUUGAUUCCCAUAAUCAUCCGGACGCAGGCUGCUCAUCUUUAUUCAUAGCCCUUCAAAGCCACACUCUGAGAUGCUUAGAGCAUCUCUGAGAUGCCGUGCAUUAGACGUGCUCUUUAGACGCUGAACACGUAGACGUUUCUCCUCUGCACCCAGUACAGCUGCUAUCUCCUGCAAACGCUGUAUGCCAUCCCUUCCCCCUUUUAAUUUUAGGGUGCUAUUAAAGUGAUGAGAGCUCUGCCAUUGGGUCCAUCCUGGUAGAAGUGCAGGAAAAUCAGACUGAGGGAGCUGGGCUGGUAUAGAAUCACGUAAAGCCACUUGUUUUAAGAAUAAGUUUUAAGAAGGCAGCAAAAUUAGAAAGCAAAAUAUCUCAUGAAGUGUUUAAGGGCACUAAAGAAGGCUCAGUGGGCACAGCAGAUGGGAUGGGGCUUAGCGGUGUGGCUGCAGAAGGCUUUCAGAGACAAUGUACAACAGGCUGCUUUGCUUGCCCCGCUAGAUUUGGGGGAAAAGUCAGGAUUCCUGUGGUCCCAUCCUGGCCUCCAGCCUCUUUCCACAGGUGCCGGUGAAAAACCCUGCAUUAUUAAUGUCUCAGAAACAGCCUUUGAGCACCCUGGUGGCUUUAAUUACACAGAUACUCGGAUGUUUUCUGAGACAGAUGUUCAAAUGCUAUUAUCGCUACUGAAUCCUUUUAAAAUUAAGAAAUUUGUGGGAUAGGGGUUUUCUCCCCUAAAAAGCUUUGGGAGCCAGCGUGCUCCCCACGCUCCUUUUCUUUCCAUUGCACAGAGUCAGCUAGAAAGUUGUGCCUUUGAGCUGAGAAUGAAGCCAAGUAGCAACCUGGGUGAAUUAAAUUACACAUCUCUGUAAUCCCCAUAUUUUCAUCCACCAGCCUCUGAUAGAGGUAAAUUAUGUUUCUUUUUCACAUUUUGUCUGCCUUCUCCAAGCCGACAUCAUCAGUGCAUCUUUAAAGGGAAUGGUCUGACAUAUCGCUGUCACCGACUGGUGUUUUCUGUAGCACAUCAUCUCUCCGAGCAUUGCAAAACCAGGCUGAUGGUGUGUUUUAAAUCGUCACUCCUAUUCCUGAGGAUAAUUUCGGAGCUGGACAAUUUAUCUGGCAAUACAAAAGUCAUUGAUAGAGCUGGACUUGUAGGUCAAAUGGUAUUAAGGGGAAACGUAGCCAGGAAAUUGCAAACCAGUGCCUGAAAUAGGGCAGUUUUAAUGCAAAACAAUGUGUUUGCUGCCGUGUCCCUUGUGCUGCCAUUAGUAUAUUGGAAAUUGGACUUGGUAUUCAAAUUGUUCAGGUCUUGUAGGAAAAUCACCUUCAUUGCUGAAGGUGAGAUAUUCCCACGGCUAAUUUUAGCAUCUUUCAAGGAGAACACUCUUGUAAUUCAUCACCUGAGGUCCCAAAACCCCCUGCAAGUGGGGGACAUUGCAUCGACCAUCGGCUUCCAACACAGGAGCAGCUCAUGUUUCUUAAUUUCCCAUCCUUUACUAUGCAACUUAUUUUCACAGUAUCUUCCUGGGACUGAGACGGCUGGAUAUAAUUUUGACUUUGCUUUCCCUCGUUCACGUGCACAGCUGGGUAAUGCUGAAAUGUUUCCAUGACUCUCUGAACUGGAACACACGUUGGGUAUAUUUGAACAGUGAAAUAUUGCCUUGUGAAAUUCAGUGUAUCAGACUGAAAAACUAAAGCCUUCUCUGCAAGAAGGCUAAAUCCUGACUAAUUAGGUGCCACAGAAACGAUGCAAUUUUGGACUGGAGAUGUAAAGCGCAGUCUUGUUACUCUGGGUUCAUUUUAAACUCUGGUUUUGCCAGUGAGCUGUGUUGCAAUUGUUUGAACUUGUUGUUUUGAUAACACUCUGAUGCUAAAACAAGCUGCUGCAUCCCGUCAUCCUGGUGACCUCCACUGCGGUGUGGGCCUUGUGUUCAGUUACCGGUAAAAAAAGUGAUUUUUUUUUUCGGUUGCGUGAUUUUUUUACCUGAUGUUGAAUUUAUUUUUUUAAUGUUUUUUUCAUUAGAACUUGAAACUGUUAUUUCAUACGCAAAGUUCAAUAAAAUGGCUGAAACACGCA